CCUUGGACCGGCGGGGUGCAGGCGUCCUUUGUGGUCGCCGCUCGUGACCCCGCGGCGCUCCAACCCCGCCGGUGCGUGUGGACCUGGACCAGGCCCUACGCCCCUCCCUAGGCGAAGGCGCACCCGGGCUCUGGCCAUCCCGGAGGGCCGCACCCCACCCGGCGCGCGUCCCAGAUUGCGGGGCCUUUCGGAAGUGCGCGGCCGCGGCUUCGCGCUAGUAGGAUCCUGUAGCCCGCGGCCUCACUUGGUGGCGUUAGGGUGUGAACCUUCUAGAGGAAUUCCGGAGAAAGCGGCUAGGAGGCCGGGAAGAGCGGGCGCGUCCGUCACGCCUGUGUUGCAGACCAGCUAGAGGUGAGCAUGGCCGAGCAGGAGCCCACAGCCGAGCAGCUGGCGCAGAUUGCCGCCGAGAAUGAGGAGGAUGAGCACUCGGUCAACUACAAGCCCCCGGCCCAGAAGAGCAUCCAGGAGAUCCAGGAGCUGGACAAGGACGACGAGAGUCUGCGCAAGUACAAGGAGGCGCUGCUGGGCCGAGUGGCCGUGUCUGCGGACCCGAACGUCCCUAAUGUCAUUGUGACCCGCCUGACUCUGGUGUGUAGCAGCGCCCCGGGCCCCCUGGAGCUGGACCUGACAGGUGACCUGGAGGCCUUCAAGAAGCAGUCCUUUGUGCUGAAGGAGGGUGUAGAAUACCGGAUAAAGAUCUCUUUCCGGGUGAACCGAGAGAUCGUAUCUGGCAUGAAGUACAUCCAACACACAUACCGGAAAGGCGUCAAGAUCGACAAGAGCGACUACAUGGUGGGGAGCUACGGGCCGAGGGCCGAGGAGUACGAGUUCCUCAGCCCCGUGGAGGAGGCACCCAAGGGCGUGCUGGCUCGUGGCAGCUACAGCAUCAAGUCCCGCUUCACAGACGACGACAAGACGGACCACCUGUCCUGGGAGUGGAACCUCACCAUCAAAAAGGAGUGGAAGGACUGAGCCUGGCCCGGGAGGCGGGCAGGGAGGACAGACGGAGGGAUGUGUGCACCCCGCCCCACCCCACCCCACCCCCAUACCAAAGUGCUGACGGGCCCUUGCCCACGCUGCCAC